CGCGAGCAGGCCGGGCGUCCACGCAGGCGCGCGCUGUUCCGGCUUGCUCCCGCGCGAGCGGCGGGCGUUCCUCGGCUCCUUCUGCCUAGGGCUGGGGGCCCCGCGGUGGCGGCAGCACAGGCACCAUGUUCCUCCACUCUGUCAAUCUCUGGAACCUGGCGUUUUACGCCCUCAUGGUCUUCAUGGCGACCUUGGGGCUGUGGGACGUCUUCUUCGGCUUUGAGGAAAACAAGUGCAGUAUGAGCUACAUGUUUGAGUAUCCGGAGUAUCAGAAAAUAGAACUUCCAAAGAAACUGGCAAAACGCUAUCCUGCAUAUGAAUUGUAUCUUUAUGGAGAAGGAUCCUAUGCUGAAGAACACAAAGUUCUCCCUUUAACGGGUAUUCCUGUUCUCUUUCUUCCUGGUAAUGCUGGAAGUUAUAAGCAAGUUCGUUCUGUUGGCUCUAUUGCACUUAGAAAAGCUGAAGACAUUGACUUCAAGUACCACUUUGACUUCUUUAGUGUGAAUUUCAAUGAAGAACUGGUGGCACUAUAUGGUGGAAGCCUUCAGAAGCAGACCAAGUUUGUGCAUGAAUGCAUUAAAACAAUUCUCAAGCUCUAUAAGGGUCAAGAAUUUGCUCCAAAAAGUGUGGCAAUAAUUGGUCAUUCUAUGGGUGGCCUUGUUGCAAGAGCAUUGCUUACACUGAAAAAUUUUAAACAAGAUCUGAUCAAUCUUCUUAUUACACAAGCCACACCUCAUGUUGCUCCUGUGAUGCCAUUAGAUCGUUUCAUUACAGAUUUUUAUAUGACUGUAAACAACUAUUGGAUUCUAAACGCUAGACACAUAAAUUUAACCACACUUUCUGUAGCUGGAGGAUUCCGGGAUUACCAAGUUCGUUCAGGACUGACUUUUCUACCAAAAUUAAGCCAUCAUACCAGUGCCUUAUCUGUUGUGAGUUCAGCAGUGCCUAAGACCUGGGUCUCAACAGACCACCUCUCCAUUGUAUGGUGUAAACAAUUGCAGUUGACUACAGUUCGCGCAUUCUUUGAUCUUAUUGAUGCUGAUACUAAACAAAUAACUCAAAAUCCCAAGAAGAAAUUGUCGGUUUUGAAUCACCACUUUAUAAGACAUCCAGCAAAACACUUCGAGGAAAAUCCAUCAAUAAUUUCUGACCUAACAGGGACAUCUAUGUGGGUUCCAGUAAAAGUAUCCAAAUGGACGUAUGUGGCUUACAAUGAAUCUGAUAAGAUAUAUUUUACAUUUCCCCUUGCAAAUCAUAGAAAAAUCUACACCCAUGUCUACUGUCAGAGCACCAUGCUGGAUACAAAUAGUUGGAUUUUUGGCUGCAUAAACAGCACUUCUAUGUGCCGGCAAGGAGUUGAUUUAUCAUGGAAAGCUGAACUGCUGCCAACAAUUAAGUCUCUGACGUUAAGACUUCAAGACUUUCCAUCUUUGUCUCAUCUUGUUGUUUACGUACCAUCUAUUCAUGGAAGUAAGUUUGUUGUAGAUUGUGAAUUCUUUAAAAAAGAGACAAGAUCCAUACAGCUUCCUGUAACUCAUCUUUUUUCCUUUGGAUUGUCUUCAAGGAAAGUGAUAUUAAAUACAAGCGGCCUAUUCUAUAAUAUAGAGCUUCUGAACUUUGGACAGAUAUACCAAGCUUUUAAAAUCAACGUGGUAAGCAAGUGCUCAGGAGUCAAAGAAGAAAUUACUAGUAUCUAUAAACUUCAUAUUCCCUGGUCUUACGAAGAUUCACUAACCAUUGCACAGGUUCCAUCUUCCACAGAAAUUUCUGUGAAACUCCAUAUUGCUCAACCAGAAAAUGACAGCCAUGUAGCAUUAUUAAAAAUGUACACAUCAUCAGACUGUCAGUAUGAGGUGACAGUUAAGACUUCCUUUUCACAAAUACUUGGACAGGUAGUUAGAUUUCAUGGUGGCGCUCUCCCUGCUUAUGUCAUAUCUAGUAUCCUUCUUGCUUAUGGAGGACAGUUAUACUCUCUUUUCUCAACAGGUCAUUGCUUAGAAUAUGCUACUAUGUUGGAUAAAGAAGCCAAACCAUACAAAGUUGAUCCUUUUGUAAUUAUGGUUAAGUUUCUGUUGGGAUAUAAAUGGUUUAAAGAAUUGUGGAAUAUGUUGUUGUUACCAGAAUUAGAUGCCAUCGUUCUAACUAGUCAGAGUAUGUGUUUCCCCCUUGUGUCUUUGAUUCUCUUUCUGUUUGGAACAUGUACUGCGUACUGGGGUGGCCUACUCUCUUCUACAUCUGUGAGCCUCCUUUCUUCAUUGUGGCUAGCUUUGAAAAGGCCCUCCGAACUUCCUAAAGAUGUCAAGAUAAUAUCACCAGACUUGCCCAUUUUGACAAUUGUUUUGAUCAUAGUUAGCUGGACAACUUGUGGAGCAUUUGCCAUCCUUCUUAUUUACCUUUACUAUGUGUUUAAGGCUGUUCAUCUGCAAGCCAGCCUAACAACUUUUAAAAAUAGCCAGACUGUGAAUCCCAAACACUCUAGAAGAAGUGAAAAAAAAUCCAAUCACCAUAAAGACCCUCCAGUACACCAUCUCCGUUUAUCUGCUAGUGAUGCUGAAGAUAGUCUUCGCAUGCACAAUACUGUGAUUAACUUAUUAACAUGGAUUGUAUUACUCAGCAUGCCAUCUUUAAUUUAUUGGCUAAAGAAUCUUAGGUAUUACUUUAAACUUAAUCCUGAUCCGUGUAAACCUUUAGCAUUUAUCCUUAUUCCAACUGUGGCAGUUCUUGGAAAUACUUACACUGCUUCAAUAAAAUCGAGUAAAUUGUUGAAGACUACUUCACAGUUUCCACUUCCUCUGGCUGUUGGUGUGAUUGCUUUUGGGUCAGCACACUUAUACAGGGUUCCAUGCUUUGUCUUCAUUCCUCUUUUACUCCAUGCAUUAUGCAACUUUAUGUAAGAUUGGAUCUAAGGGAUGAUAAAGAUGGUUUAUGCCUUUAGGCCCAGUAAUAGGAGGGAACGCACAGAUCCAUCAAUGUGGGCAGCAAGAUCCUUUGGAGAAGACAAGUCUAUUUUUACAAUGUUGAAAAUAGGAAAUUAGUUUUGUAAUGCUUGAGGAAAGUAGUUGAAGCAUGGUUUUGUUUUGUCGUGUGACAUCUGUGUACUAGUCAUUUUUGAAAAAUUAGUAAAAGGAUAUGGUGGUCCCUGUCUUUGAGGACUCCUCUGCAUAUGAGCCAGCCUGCUUGAUUGGCCAUGCCAGGAUCUCCUCCUGAACACUCAGUAAAUGUAGCAUUGUUUGUAUCCUCACCUCAAGCAUCCUGCUCAUUUCAUCAAACUUUCUUUUGAAAAGUGGGUUACUUUGUAUUUGCUACAGUAUACAUGUUGAAAAAUAAGUCUUAAAAGAUGAAUGAACUUUAAGCUGCAUUCUCAGAAAUAGCCACAGUCUUUAGUCAGUUUUUGGCAGCUGCAGUGAACAAGAUAGAUCUUUUGUUUUCUUACAUCUAUGAAAAUACAACUUUAAAUUCUAAGGAGACAUGUUUUCUUGGUAACCAAGCAAGGUUGAUGAAUGGAAACAUAAUUCAAAUUCAAAACUUGAUGAAAUUUUCUUGUUUCUUUUCAAAUAAGAAUCUUAUUUUGAUUCUUAGUGAAUAUCAGGAGACUAUUGAAGAGAUAUAUUGCUAAAUUUGAAGAGAAUUCUCAUAGAUACUUAUAGGUAAUUGGAACAGAUCAGUCGUUCAGUCUAUACCAUUUUAUUUAAUUCAUUGACCCCAUGGUUGCCAAAAGUGCCUCGGGUCAUGAUGGAUUGUUAAAAUAACUAAAUUCCAGUGGUCAGAAAAAACUCUACAUUUGCACAAUUUUUGUCUACAGAAAAAAAAUCAGCAUGAUCAAGUCUGGUACCACAUAUAAUGUAUAAAAUUAUACUAUUAAUGGAAGUGGAAAAACUGUUACCCCAUUAAUAGCAUAAGUAUAAACAAUAUACCUGAAUAAGUUGGAGUGUUUAGCCGCUAGAUUUAAUAGUAGAAUCUUAAUUUGCCAAGGUGAUUACUAUUUGACAGGUAAGAGCAUCAUGUUUAUAUUUCAUUUCAGAUUUCAGCUCAUUUUUAGGAAUUAGGUAAUGGAGCUAAGUAUCUUCGCCUUAAGAUAGAAUUAACUCCGACUGGGAUAUAUCUGGGUGAUAGAGCUCUUCCUUUAGAUGUGUAUGCUGUAAAUACCCAAAACCUCUCAAGUAUAGCCCUUAAGUCCCAGUAACUCCGCAGUGGCACCUGUGAACGUGUGUCCUUGUUAGUACCCAGGCAUGUCCUAGAUUACCAGGUUCAUUUUACCUGCCAUUGCAUCUGGAGUCCAUUACAGCCUCUCAGCUGUUACUGCCUAAUAUAGGAUUACCCCCACUUUACUGCCUGUAGAGGGUUGCCUCACUUCUUUUCUCAGUUGUUCCUCAGGUUCUUGCUGUUUUAUCAUCAGUUGAAGAGGGUCUUGCUCUUAUCUCUGAGAGUUGUAAGUUUGAUUCCAUUGUUGUCUUUCCCAGCUUCAUAUUCAGUAUUCAUGUUUUCACUUACUGAGAUCAUUAAAGGGAAGUGAUAACCUUAUAGUAGACAUGGUGGGCAUACCAGGCUCUUGUUUGUUUGAUAGAAGCAGCAAAAGGGAUAAAAUACAAAAUGCUUGUGUGUUCAUACCUGAAAGAAAGAGAAUUUAUUAGAUUAUACACUUUCCCAUGGCAUACCACGUAUAUAUUUAAAUAAGGACGCAUCUACCUAGGUUUAGCUAUACAUGUAAAUAUACUCAUAACAACUUUUGUACAUAUGGGGUCUUUUGUUUUUUCAGCCAUAUGUAGUUGUAUUUCAAGUUACAGGUUAAAUAUGUCAUUUAACUAUUUCUGAAUUUGAAUUUAGGUCCAUAUAGAGAACUUAAGAAAAUUCAUUAAUUUGAAUCUUCUAUUGACAGCCAUAAUUGUUGUGUUUAUAUCGUCUAAAGUCUCCUUGUUUAGUCAUUCCUGCUCAUGAAUAAAAUGUAACAAGCUUAAAUUUCUCAUUUUGAGAGUAGUACAUUAGCUUUUUAAAGCGGCAGACUAGGCACACUAAUUUCCAUGAAAAUAAUUUCAUGUGAGUGUAGUUAUCAAGUCCUAAAGUCUUAUUUGUUCCAACAAAAUAUUUUAUUUUAGGACUAUAAAAAGGAUUCUAAUUAAACAUUGUAAACAACAGUAGUUUGGAUUAUUUUAUAUAUAUGUGUGUGGGUACACACACAUACAUACAUAUUUUGACAGGGUCUUCAUCAAAUCCUAUGCACUUUAAACCGAAAUAACUACCAGAGAUGAGAAGGCAGGCUCUGUCUGAAGAUUAGCAAAACUGAUGUUUCUAUUGCUUGAGAAAAGGAAAGUCCUUUGUCUUUAAAUUAUACAUUAUUUCAACCAUGCCUACAAUCUAUAUUAUCACCUGGCAAAACAGCACAGGUUUAUCAGAGAUAUUACUAAAAAUGGAAUUGUUUAUUGGCAGUUAGGGAUUAUCUAAUUUAGCAAACUUCAGAGCUCUAUUGUUAUAACAUUUUUAUUUAGUUUUUUUUUUUUUAGUUUCGAGUAAGUUUUAAACUUAUAAAAGGUACUCCUAGACCCUGUUCUUGAUGCCUAGAUCAAAUGUAGACUGGACAGGACAAACACUGAGUACUUUCAGUGUCUCUAAAGACUCCUCUGGAGUUAUUACUAUUAUAAUUUGGAACAGAUAAUAUGAUAGAAAUCAUUAACACUCUUUUUAUCUUUUUCGUGUUGGAAAUUACGCAGGUUCUGCUAGCUCUUUUCUUGGUUGUUACCGGAAUGAAAGUAUUUAAAACAGUAGUCCUAAAAACAAAACCAUUUGUACCUGGUUAAUUACUGAUUUUGAGUCUCUUCAAUGUAUACUGAUCAUGUGUUGAUUAAUCUUUAAUUUUUUUUCAUAUUUUGCUCAGAUAAAUUCAGACGUGUAUAAUGGAAUACAUUUUCUUGUUUGAACUCCACUAUAGCAUCUGCAUGAUUAUACAGUAAGGAAAAGAAAUAAGAAACUAUAGUAGGCCUAGUAAAUGUUUGUUGUUGAUUAUUCUGUCACUCAUGCAUAUGGUACACAUUUCCACCACGCACACAUACUUACGUGAGGCAGGUUAUCUGAUUUGUUCAUUAUCUAGUUCCCAUUCUUUCCUUAACCCUUCAGACUUUUCACUUACAGCGUAGUGUAUUCUUUUCACCUCACUGCUCAUUAGCAUCUCCUACAGAAGGUGGUCAAGGAAAAUAAAACUCAAUAAAAGCUAAAACUCAAUUUUCAAUUUAUCCUUGAAAGCUUUCAGGAAAUGGGGGAAACACAAAGAUGAUGAGAUAAACUAGGGCUGUUGAUUCCCAAAUCCCCAGACAAUUCAAAUAGCCUGUUUUCACCUUAAGCAUUAGGUCUGAAGUAAUGUAAUAACAUCUUGCUUUAUUAUGAGGUUUGGUGUAAAACCUUGCAGUGCUACAUUUGUAUUUUUUUAGGAACUUGUUAUUAAAAUCACUUGGGGAAAAAAUUUUUAAUGUGUUGGGACCUUCUAUGACUAAGGUAUUUGUUGUUUAUUUUUCAUCAUCACUUUUUGGUUUUUUUGUGUUUUAGAUUUGUGAAAUUAUAGGAAACGAUACUUUGUGAAGUUUUGUGGGGGAAGUCAAUUUGGAGAGUAUAGCACUUCCCAGGAUAAAGGAAGCAGUAAAAGUGUCUUUGUAUUAUGAAAUUAGACCCAGAGAGAAAACUUCUUGCCACAUAAGGUAAAUGUAGAAGAUACUUUUACAAAACAGACAAAUGAUUGGGAGCUGAAAUUUUAUCCCAGUCUUUUUGAACAAAGGACAUUUCAAGUUUUGUAAUGAAGUUUUACAUUAUUAGUCAUGCAUUCUUUCACACUAUAUUUUAACAGCCUGAGGAACUAGAAAGUUUAUGAGGCUACUCAUGUUCUUUACUUUUAAUAAGGAUGUUAGGAAAGAAAAGUCAGAUCCGUAAUGUGAAUCCAAGUAUGUGUACUAAGUGCUCAAGAAUUCACAUUUUUUGAUAAAUAAAUUAUAUUAUGAAUACAGAUGGCCUAAUUUUAGAUAUUAAACUUAGUCUUAAGAAUAGAAUAAAAUUUGGAAAUAGAAUAAACUGUUAUUUCAUUUAUAGUAGAAAUGUAACAGUACACCUGAAUUGGUAAUGUUGCUUUCAAAAGUUAGAUGAUACUCCAGGCUACAUCUUGAUUACAUUGUCUGUAGUUGAAAAUUUUUACAUCAAAUAGAGUACUUUCUAAAAGUGUUUGGCAUGUUAUGUUGCCAAAAAAGACUGUUUUGAAAUACCGAGUAACCAAUUCAUUUCUGAUGACUUUGUAUAGGACUUGAUAUAAGUGAGUCAGAUUUAUUCUGUACUCAUUCUGUACAUUGUAACUUUGAACACUUACAAAAAACUGUAUAUGUUGAUGUAGUUUUAUUAGUUAAUGUAAAUUUGUUUGCAUAUUUGAACCCUAGUGUUAGUUUUGGAAGUCUAAAAGUAGCCAUUUUUGUGAACUUCAUAUGCUUUUUUUUUUAGUGUUAUAUUGGUUUUUAGUAUUUAUGUAAUAGAAAUGUUGCUAGUAAAAGAUUUCUAGACAAAGCAUAGAACUAUUAAGUGUUCAAAAGCCUAAGUGACAGGCAUAUUUUAUAUUUCAUGUUGCACUUGUUUUGUUUCAUAUGGACUUUUUACAUCCCUUUUUUAGGAAAAAAAGACACAUUUGAUUUUUUUUUUAGCAUAAAACUCUACAUUGGGAAAUAGAACUGUACUCAUAUGGUUAGCAAAACACACUUUGCCACCAAAGCUGAAUGAAACUGUAAAAUACCUCCAGAUAUUUGUGCCAAUGAACUUUUCUUACCAUAUUGGGAUUAAAGCAAAAAUAAUCUUUUCAGUAUUUUUCUUCUAAGACUUAUAUUAAAUACACAAAUCAUCAAAACUUAUCCUCCAUAUCCUGAUUUUUCUUUGAAAAUGUAUAAAGCUUAUAGCAUAUUGUAUUCUGUUUUGUCUGAUUUCUGUAAUAGUGUUUUCUGGUUUUAUUGGGUGAGAGUUAGUUUACCGAAUAAUGAUCUGUCAGUAAUUAGUUGAAGAUAUCAUUCAGGUAAUCUUGUUUCAGAUUCAUUCUGUAAAACUUUAAAUUCUGUUGCCCAGAUCAUUUUUAGUACAGGUGUCUCUCAUUGAUGUAAUAAAUUUAUUGUGGAAUUUCUGUUGUUUUCUAUGUGUUUCCAUUCAACCCCUUUAGAGAGUCACAUGUUUCAUAGGGGAAGUUAUCCACUAGAACUUAACAUGAUGCAAUGAAGUAAACAUUGUAAAAUGCAUCUUAAAGGAAAAUAUAAAAGCAGUCGAGUUAAUGCUAAAAUGUUAACAUUGAUGUCGUAGUAUCUCAUGAGAGAAAAGCAGAAAUAUGAUUCAGAAACUGUUGUGUUUAUCUGGUUGAAAUUCUUUAAUUUCUCUCCUAUAGAAAAUUUCAGAGGGAAUUUCAGUCACUCAUAUUAUGGUUUUUCCCAUAAUUUAAUGUCACUUAACUGUUUCUCUGCCCAGUCAUGUUGAUGCAGUUUGCACAGGUAGCCUUGGGAGUAAAAAGGCAGCAGAGAAAGCCAAGUAUUAAAAUGUUUGGCCUUGAUUUAGUUACAGUUUAUCCAAUUAUCUGGUGGGAAUGUAGAUGAUAUUAAUAAAAAAGAUGAUAUACAAGACCUAAAAAUUCAUUGAACAUUAUUUUUGAAAUGAAUUUGUCCUUUGUAUUGAAUAAUUUUAUCCUAAGUAGGAGAUGCCUGUAUUUAACAUAACCAUGCUUUCUACAUUGUCAGAUAUGUAUUUGUUGGAAUAUUGGUAGAAAUAAUCUUCUCUGCCUCCACUAUGGAAGGGGGAAAAUCCAAUUUUUAGUGUAUAUAAAUUAGGAAAUUGUGUAUUUACAUUUUUAAAAAUAUAAAAAUGACUUAGAUAUAUUAUUUUGAAGUAAUUGUAUUACCAUUUCUUAAACUUAUGACUAACUAUAAAUGUAGCAACAUACCCAUGAGAAACCAGACCAAAAUUGAAUGCAUAUUAUCACUGUGACCUUGAACUUAUAGUUGUUUGGGAUAAAACAGACUGUGCCUUAAAAUGAUGAAGGAAUGCCCUGCAAUUUUAUAACUAUGUAUUUUAUUAUGGGUGGUCUUCUCAAAUUGGCCCCAAAUCCUUUUCUUUGAGGUUGAUGAAGUAAAAAUUUUAAAUAAAAUAAAAGUUGAUUAGUAUUUCCCUUAGUAUUUGCUGAACUAUUGCUCUAGAGGCCUCCCUUAAUUUCCACAAUUACCAUUUCAAAUUAAAAUUGACUUACACUUCAUAGACAUAGAAAAUUAAGUUUGGCUAAAGUUUCUGAAAAUAAAUUUAUUUUAGGGAGAAGGUGGUGGCACUUCUGAACUUAUUACACAUGGAAAAAUUAAUCUUCAAAUGUAACUUUUUAUAUUUUUAAUGAAUAAUCUGUCAAAGACAUGAAUUCUUCCCUAAGACCUGUACUUAUUUUUCCUCAGAUUAUUGAGGCUCGUAUUUGUUAUAUCAAAUAAAGUUAGUUUAGUCAAUAACAAUUUUUCAGUAUUUAAAUAUUAACUCAGAUUCAUGUAAAUUUUUAAACAUUAUCUUUCUUCCCUUUUACUUUUUCCUUCCUAAUUAUUUUUAAGGUAUCAGAGAGAACUGGCUCCAGAUUUUUGUGGGUUUUUCUUUUAAUGUAAAGACUUACAGUUUUACUGUGCUUAUUUAAAGUAAUGGAUAUAAUUUCUGUCAAAACAAAUUAUUCCACUCAUCAGACAUUCAUGGUCUCAGCUAAAAGAUUCCCACAUUUCUGUGUACGCAGAAUUUUUUGUAUAUUUUUCCAUUUCAAUUUUGAACAUAAACUCAACACUCUUCUUUCUUCUCAUUUUACCUCCACUGCCUCCCAUCAAAGACAAAAAUAUAGGUUUCUCUAAAAGUAUGUAGAAAGAAAACGUGUCUUUCCUUAAAGCAUGAUCAAAUUGAGAUGGAAAUAGUUUGAGCAAGGGUAUGUAAUACAAUAAAAUACAUAGCUGUCAACCCGCAUCAGUUUCUAUAUUAUAGUUAAAAGUUUAUAGAGAACAAACUGUGUUAUACUGAGAUAGACUCAGCAAUUAUUUAUUUGCAAAUCAAUAAUUUUAUUCUCAUCCAGAAAAUGAAGUGCAUAGUAAUAAUACUUAACAGUGCAAAACAACUUGUUCUAUAGUAUAUAUGGAAAAAUGAUUGUCACCUUGCAGAUCUUUCCUUUUAAACAUGCAUGAUCUUCUCCAGUACUUGGUACAAUGUAUGGUAUACUAAAUACAUUUAUGUGUAAUUUUGUGUGUAUUUUUUGUAUGGUAUAAUUAACGUUACAUUUAACUGGCUGUAAUUCACAGAAAGUGCUAUUUAUUGUACUCUGUAGAGUGUUGUGAAUGUUUUUAUCUGUGUUUCACCAUUAUGGUGUAAGGUUUAAUAGAUGAAUAUUUGCCUUCAGUCUCCGCUCAGGUAUUAAUGUGUAGCAGUUUUUGGUGCUUUCUUUUUAAUCCGUCAUAAUCUGGUGUUCUGAAUGUUCAAUAAUAAAUUUGGUGAACAAGA